AUGGCGCGCGCCCUUGCUCUGACGGUCCUCGCCGCAUCACUGUCGACCGCUGUCGCUGUCCCGCGGUCUCCCUGGUAUUCGUCGUGGCCAAAUAAGGGCCACUCGGCUGACACGAACGACGGCAUUCAUCUCGCCAUCAAGCCUAGCUGCGGCGCCUUCGGUGGGAACUUCACGAACGUGAAUGCCGGUCUCAAAACGUCGGCUGUGAAGACUUUCGUUGUAUUCGGAGACUCGUAUACCGACGGCGGAGCCCACGAUGGCGGCCCGCUCCCGGCGGCUAUUGUACCUGCGAACUCUACACGGGCCGGCGGUCGUGUCACGAACGGCCCGGUCUGGGUUGAGUGGGUGGCGAAUGCUACCAAGGCCACACUUAUGGACUAUGCGAUAUCUGGGGCUGUGGUCAACCAUACUCUGUGGCCGAGCAAGUCCACACAGUCGGACCUGAUGGAGCAGACCGACCUAUUCCUCAGUCAGAAUCAUGAGCUCAACCCCGACUCGACGGUCUACGUCUCGUUCUUUGGCAUCAAUGACUACUCUGCAUCAAAGACUGACGGUGAUAAUCUGCCCACCGCGGCUGCUCAGCUGCUUGCCCGCCUCGAAGUGCUGGCGUCGCCACCGACCAACGCGAAGAAGUUCCUCAUCCUCGACGACUACGGUCGCGGAACACACGCCGCUACGGGCGACGCCUUCAAGCAGGCUGUCUUCGAUGGCGCUGCAAACUUCAGCAAGAAUGGAGCGAAGGUCGCGUUCGUCGACUUCGCGCCACUAUGGGACGCAGUGUUCGGAACGGACCCGGGAUACGAAGCCUUCGGGUACACCAGCGACGAUAGUUGCUUUGACUCGACCAGCCCAGUUGGUACGGAGGGAGAGUGCGCUGACCCGGCGCAUACGUUCUAUUGGCUUCACGGCCAUCCUUCGAAGGAGACACACAAGAUCAUGGGCGACUACGUGCUUGAUGUACUGAACGGGUGCUGA